AUGGCGGCGCCCGUGUCGCUCUCUCACAUCGCCUGCUGCGCCAACCGGGCGGGCGGCGGUGUCGUGGCCUGGGGCCGCGGCGGCCUCCUCGCCUUCGGCAGCUGCCACGACGUCGUCCUCUACGACCCGGCGGUGAGGCGGGCGGUCGCCGCCCUCCGCGGCCACGCUGGCAGGGUGAACUGCGUGCGCUGGGUCCGCCGGCGGGACCGCGCUUCUGAAACAGAGUUAAUUUCUGGUGGAUCUGAUAAAGGACUCAUUCUUUGGGAAUGGAAAGAUACAGUAACAUGGGAUAAUCAGCUUGUGAAAAGCAUACCUCUCAAAGGCCACACUGAAGCUAUUUUUGCUGUGGAUGCUGUCUACCAGUCAGAUGAACCUGAUUUAAGUCUGCUAGUUGCUUCUGCAGCCUCUGACUCUACUGUGAGAAUCUGGUCUCGGCAUGGUUCAGAAGCUAAAUGCAUUGAAAUUCUGCAGUUUGGAAAUGGAUUUGUUAUGGAUGUCUGCUUAUCCUUCUUGCCUGGCAGCGAUGUACCGAUACUGGCUUGUGGUGGUGAUGACUGCAAAAUAAGUUUGUUUAUACAGCAGAAUGGUCAGUUUCAGAAAACUUUAGUACUCCCUGGCCAUGAAGAUUGGAUAAGAGGCGUUGAGUGGGCAGUCUGUGGUGAAGACCUUUUCUUAGCAAGCUGUGCUCAGGACUGUUUGAUAAGAAUUUGGAAAGUAUGUACAAAAUUAAAGCAACUUCCAGAAACUGAAGAUGAUUCCAUAAAACUGAAAGAGAAUGUUUUUACUGUUAAAGAUGCUGACACAUCAUAUGCAGUUUCUUUGGAGUCUGUGUUGGCUGGUCAUGAAAACUGGGUGUAUGCAGUUCACUGGCAACCUUCACUUUCCAAAGAUGGCAGCAUGCAACAACCAAUGAGGAUAUUAUCUGCAUCAAUGGACAAAACUGUGAUCAUCUGGGAACCUGAUAAAGAAUCUGGAGUCUGGCUAGAACAGGUACGUGUAGGUGAAGUGGGUGGCAAUACUCUUGGAUUUUUUGACUGCCAGUUUAGUCCAGAUGGUUCAAUGAUCAUUGCUCAUGCUUUUCAUGGAGCACUACACCUUUGGAAGCAGGCUGCAGUUAAUAAGAACGAAUGGACUCCAGAAGUUGUGAUUUCAGGACAUUUUAACAGUGUUGAGGAUGUAAAGUGGGAUCCAGAAGGAGAGUUUAUCAUCAGUGUGGGCUCUGAUCAAACUACGAGGCUCUUUGCUCCAUGGAAAAGGAAGGAAGAGACAGAGCUAACCUGGCAUGAAAUUGCCCGGCCUCAAGUACACGGAUACGACCUGCGCUGUCUGGCAAUGAUCGGCCGGUUUGAGUUUGUGUCAGGAGCAGAUGAAAAAGUGCUUCGAGUUUUUCGUGCUCCCAAGAACUUUAUAGAAAAUUUCAGUAACAUCACUGGUAUCCCAAUGGAGAAGCUCUGUUCCCAUCAGUCAUCUGAUCUUCCGGAAGGUGCAACUGUGCCAGCUUUGGGAUUAUCCAAUAAAGCUGUUUUUGAAGGAGAUAUGGCUGUUCAACCAGAUGAGGAUGAAGAAUCAUUUAAUACCAUUUCGAAUCAGUAUCCAGAGGUUUAUUUUCAGCCCUUGAUCCUUACAGAACCUCCACCAGAGGAUCACUUGCUGCAGAAUACCUUAUGGCCUGAAAUUCAGAAGCUAUAUGGACAUGGAUAUGAAAUUUUUUGUGUUGCUUGCAAUAACUCAAACACUGUAAUUGCCUCAGCAUGUAAGGCUUCCAAAAAAGAACAUGCAGCAGUUAUUUUGUGGAGCACUACUUCUUGGAAGAAACUGCAGAGUUUGUCUUUUCACAAUCUGACUGUUACUCAGCUGGCAUUUUCUCCUGAUGACAGCUUUUUGCUAGCUGUUUCUAGAGACAGGAAUUGGUCACUGUGGAGGAAACAAGAUUCCUCAGAGUCAGGACCAGUCUUCACUUGCUGUGCAUACACAGAUAAGAAUACAGCUGUUCACAGUCGAAUCAUUUGGUCCUGUGAUUGGACACCAGAUAGCAAGUAUUUUAUUACUGGUAGUCGGGACAAAAAGGUCAUUAUCUGGGGCCAGUGUGAUUUGUCAGUGAUUACUGAAGGGAAUGAGCUGGAUUCAAUCAAGCCUUGUUCAACAGUGCUGGAUGCUGGGGAUUCUGUGACUGCUGUUGGUAUCAGCCGUGUGCUUACUCCUGAUGAAAGAUACAUUGUUGCAGUAGGCUUAGAGAAUGGGAAGAUUGUCUUGUACACAUGGAAGCAAAGUGGGAAAGAACCAGCACUGGCUGACUGGACCACAAGUGUUGAGAUAGAUAACAGCCAAAGUCAUGCUCUUGCUGUGAAACGCUUAUGCUGGAGACACCAUGCAGGGAGAGCUGGACAUAAUGAUGAGAACAGCAGCAAGUGGUUGCAGCUUGCAAGUUGUGGAGCCGAUCACAGUGUUAAAAUAUUCAAUGUCAACAGAUUUGCUCUUUAG